AUGAAAAACGCAGUACAGGGCGGCAUUUUAACGUUUCAAGAGUAUUUGAAAGCUAAAAAUAAUGAAUGGAAACAUAUUCCAUUACAUAUUGCCGUAACUGGAAACUCAGGGGUUGGGAAAUCAAGUUUCAUUAAUGCAUUACGUGGCGUAAGGAAGGGGCAAAAAGGGUUUGCUGAAGUUAAUGUAACUGAAACAACAACAGAUCUCAAAGGUUAUCCUCACCCCCAAAACAAAAGUCUUGUAUUUUGGGAUAUGCCGGGAGUGGGAACACCAAAAUAUCCUAAGAAGGAUUACUUGAAAGCAGUAUCUUUUGAGAAAUACGACUUUUUCCUCAUACUUACAUGUGGGAGAUUCACUGAAAAUGAUCUGUGGUUGGCAAAUCAAGUUAGAAGCCAGGAAAAGAUGUUUUACUUUAUCCGCACAAAAAUCGGUUUUGAUGUUUAUAAUGAGCAGAGAAAUGAUCCAAAAAUGCAUGAAAGUGGUAUUACUUUAAGAAUUCGUGAUGACUGCAUUAGGAAACUAAAGAAAGCUAAUUUUGGAAAUCCUUCCGUAUUUCUGAUCGACAAUUAUGACAUUGUAAAAUACGACUUUGGAAGGCUCGUUGAUACAUUAUUAACACAUCUGCCUGAAAAAAAACGAGAAGCAUUGGCACUCUCUCUAACAGUUAUGACUAAGGAAGUGAUACUUGCAAAAAGGCAUGCUCUCCGAAAAAGAAUUGUUGUCAUCUCCUUCGCAUCUGCACUAGGUGGUGCGAUUCCCUUUCCAGGUUUAGGAGCAACUAUUGAUACAGUUCUUAUAUAUGAAGAAGCUCAAGAAUACAAGCGACAGUUUGGACUUACAGAAGAUGCUCUACUGAAAAGCAACCCGAAAUACGCACAGUUGAUAAAAGACAAAUAUGUUCAAAAUAUAGCGCAACUUGUCGCGACCGUUACAAUUGACGAAGCUGCCGAAAAUGCCGUUAAAUUUGGAUUACCAAUACUUGGUUCCAUUUUAUCAGGAACUGUUUCGUAUGGUGUUUCCGUUACAGUGCUGUGGAGACUUUUGAACUCGAUGGCAGAUGAUGCAAUAGAUCUGAAUGAAGAUAUGAUAACAGGGCUGUCGUCAGACACUGGUGUAUAA